CGUUUUUCAAAUCACUCAUCAAUCUUGGCCAAACGGCAAAACAUGACUAUAUUUCUUUGUGCCGCACUAUUCGGGGCAGAAGCGUUUGAUAUCCGUUCCCGGCAACAGCCGAGCGCAACCGAGGGCGUCAUCUGAAAGCAGCCAGCAACCUGUUGUUGUUAAUGGCUGCAGAAUUUCCUAGUAUAGGUGAAGCUUUAUAAGAAAAGGAAUGAAUUAUAGUGGCAUUAUAUCUCCUGCGAGGAACGGUUUGUGUAUUCGCCAAGUUAAAUAUGAGGUAGCUGUUCAGGGUGGAUGAGAGUGUGGAGACAUCUGGUUAAAUGGUUGGAUUCUGAUUUCAGCCCGUUAAAGUAUGGUUGCUGUUGAACGGAUUUUGAUAAGUCUAGAUGAGCCAGGUCCCUCAGGCCUAAUACAAAUAACACGUUUGCCCCACUCUUGCACGUAGUGUGCACAACAGUUACACUGGGUCGGGUAAAUUGGCGCUGGUCUCUGUUACCAUAGUGUCAUUCUUGGUUCUGGGUCCUGCGGUACUCAUAACCAUGUUUUUGUAUGUCACUACUCUAGGAGUUGUGCCAUUACACAUUCAACAGUUGGUUUUAGGUUUCGGGUAAUUCGCGCAUAGUUUGGUCCAGGUGCGGACCCAGUAAAUUGCUGCUGGUCCUCGCCAGCACAGUCGUUCUUGGCCACAGUCUCCUUUCGGACCCAUGACCAAAUUUAUGUUCGUUCCAAGACAGUGUUUGUGUGUGGAAAUGGGGCCUCUGCUUCGACUAGAGGAAGGGUUUGUCUUACUGAGGCACCACAUUUGUUGCAGUGAUUGUACCCACAGCAACCAGGUCGACCAUGGAAGAAACUGCCACCCACAACACAAAGAUCUCUGAUUCAGCAUAUAGUAAAAGCAGUAAUAGCCAGUCUCGAAGAAGCAGUAGGAGUUCCAAGUCUCGACACAGCAUAUCAAGUGGCAGUAGUGGCUAUGGUGGUCAUGCAUCCUCUGCACAAGGCAGUGGUAGUGAGGCAUUUCCUCUGCCUCUUGUUACAAAACGCACCAAAGAGAAGGAGCACAAGAAGAAGAAAUUAAAGUCUUCUACAGCAGUCACUACUGCAGAAACACCCAUAGCAGAACAUGAAAAUGUGGCUAGCCCUGUCUCUCUGGUUGUGGCUGGGGUUGCUGUUCCUCUCCCAGGCACUGCUCCUGAGGAGACAGAAAUCCCAGAGGCUUGCAGCAAAGGAAGUUCUGUUAGCAGCCACACUGGGGUUCCACUUGGAGCUGCUGGUGUUACGCCUGCCACCACACCGGACCCAAAGAACGAAGCCUUUCAAAUGGCUUCACUCACUUGCGCGAAUAAAGUUAAAAAGUCUAAGGAUGUUCAUGCAGAAAUUGCUGAAGAGACUGAUGACCAGUGUUUAUCUCAUCUUGUAGUACCUGAGGAAAGAGCUGAGCAGAUUCUUAGUGGCUUUGAAGUGAAACCAUCUGCAGACAAUGAGGGUGAAUUCUGCGUGGUGGUAUCAAUGGAAGAUGGCACAGUGAUAUUCACUACGCCCAGCAUUUCUGAUGUUGUGGGAUUUCCAAAGGACAUGUGGCUUGGGCGAUCCUUUAUUGAUUUUGUUCAUCCCAAAGAUCGUGCUGAAUUUACCAGACACAUUACAUCUGGUGUUGUUACACCUCUUACUCACAUACAUACAAAAGGUGGAUCACAUCCUGGAAAGAACACAUUUUACUGCUGCUUACGAAGGUAUAGAGGACUCAGGUCUAAUGGUUAUGGUGUGAUGGAGAAGGAGGUCCCAUAUCUGCCUUUCCAAUUGAACAUGACAUUCAGGGAGUUUGUGUCUGAAGGUACUCCUCCUGACCAAGAUGGCAGCAUUGACCCAGAAGGUGUCACUGGAGGCUGUAACAACAUAUUUCUUGUUGUUACUGCAAAACUUAUUUCUUCAGCCUAUAAACAUGGAGGGGAAACUUGUGUAUCCCCCAAGUUUGUUACUCAUCAUCUUGCAUCAUGUAAGCUGAGCCAUUUAGAUCCUGAAAGCAUGCCAUACCUUGGCUAUCUGCCUCAUGAGAAAUUGGGAAAAUCAAUCCUUGAUUUUUAUCAUCCAGAGGAUCUGCCCUUUCUGAAGGAGAUUUAUCAAACAGUAAUGAAGGAGCACACCUCGUCAUUUCGCAGUAAACCAUACCGGUUUAGGGCUCAGAAUGGUAGUUAUGUGCUGCUGGAAACUGAGUGGUCCAGUUUUAUCAAUCCAUGGUCACGGAAACUUGAGUUUGUGAUUGGACAGCAUCGAGUACUUAAGGGCCCUGAUAAUGCAGAUGUGUUCAUGGCCCCAAAUGAAGAGGACACACAGCAGAUUUCUGAAGAAGUUCUGAAGGAGAGCAAAAUAAUACAGGAGGAAAUUAAAAGUCUGCUUAAUGAGAUGGUCAAAAGCACAGUGCAUCUAGAGAGACAGCAGGUGUCAAAGCGAUGCAGAGAUCUGGCAACCUUCAUGGAAACUCUAGUGGAUGACAUUUCCAAAUCUGACUUAAAAUUGGAUCUCCAGCAGGAAGAACAGAGCUUCUCUGAACAUGAUUCAGUAAUGCUUGGUGGAAUCUCACCUCAUCAUGACUAUUGUGACAGCAAAUCAUCAACAGAGACUCCACCUAGUUAUAAUCAGCUUAACUACAAUGACAAUAUACAGCGUUUCUUUGAGAGCAAACCGAAAACAACCCUCUCUGAUGAAUCAGGGGAUUCUAAGAUUGAAGCAAACAGGUCACUGAUGGGCACAGAUGAAGAAGGGAAGAGUGAACUGGCUGCAGACUCCAGUCUGGGACCCAGUAACAGGAAGUGUUGUUCUCCUGUGAAUGGAAGUGGCAGUGGCAGUGGCCACAGCAGUAAUAGUGCAGGUAUUGGGGAGAGUGCUGAGAGCAGAAGAGAUACCAGUGCUACUAAUACCUCUCAAGGCUCAUAUAAACCACUCCUCACUGAAGCAUUAUUAUACAGGCAUAAUGAAGACAUGGAAAAGAAGAUGGUCCAGAAACAUAAAGAACAAAGGAGUAAAGGUGGUGAAAGGGAAAAUAAGUUGAAGAAAUGUUUUCAUGGCAAGCUCUUGCAGAAACAAUGUCAUGGAGUUAAACGAAGUGGAUCACAUUCUCAGGAGGGUGAGCUGCAUAAAGCUAGUAAGCACCCUCAUGUGGAGGGAGGCAAAUUCAAUCCUGGAAGUGGUGGCGGUGGUGUGACACAGUGCUUUGAUGUGGGAAAACAGUACCCUGUGGCUGGGGUUGUGCCUCCUGUAUACCACGAUGGGACUAAUGUGAACUUGUGGCCACCUUUCUCAGUAACUGUUACACCCCUUCAGCCAACAGCACCUUGCUCAACAUAUAGAUUCACCACAAACAACAACAUGCCUCCACCUCCACACAUGGCCAACAUGAUUCCUGUGUACUGUAUUCCAACCACUGUCCAGCAAGCAGGCCUUGGCACAGCUCAGUGUCUGGCACCUCAGGAACAUCCAGGCCCACCUCAAAUGCCUCCACCUGGGGUAAUGUUGCCUGGACAACAGCCCACUUUCAUUCCUCAGCAAGUGCCUUAUGUGAAUGCUGCUGCUACUAUGUUAUAUCAGUAUCCUCCAGUGUAUAGGGGGCCACCUAUCAUGUAUCCAUCUGUGGCAGUGCUUCAGCCAGCCACAACCUUACUCCAAAGACCAGGUUCUCAACCCAGUAUCCCUGUAGCUGCCAUAUGUAAGCAAGAAAGCAAGAGUCCAGUUGUAACAUCAGUCAAUGGGACUACACCCAGCAAGUUCCAGCGUCCAGCAUCCCAAGCCACAUCUGUGAAAGCAGAACCAGGAUCUGCCAUGGGGAGCAUAGCUUCUGCCUCUGUUAAAAGAGGUAUGAGUGAGUCAUCUAAGAAGGAAAAGUCACUCUGUUCUCCAGAUGGUGGACGGACAUCACCAAAUGAUGACGAGAAAGUAUUAAAGGGUGAAGAUGGUAUAAGAGAUACUGGGAGCAUUGGAAGGGUGUUCAGUGUAGUUCGUGAUGUAGAGGGAACUGGUGAUGACUCUAGUAACUCGUCAUUUUAUUCAUUCCUCAAGACAGAUAAAUCUGAUACAAGCAUGAAGAGCUUAUCUGAAUAUGCCAGUGCUAGUGCUUUGAGGAAGACUGAGGAAAUGGUGUGGGAGAAGUCUGAGAAUCCACAAUCAUUGAGACUAAGACCAGUAUUAAAAGAGCCCCCAUGGAUGGAGGAGGUACAUGUGACUCCAGAUCUUGUGUACCGUUACCAGAUGAAAGAUCAGGAACUUGGAGAUGUGCUGCAGGCAGAUCUACAAGCUCUACAAAAUAUCCAUCAGCCUUUCCUUGUAAAUGACCAGUUAAAUCAGCUUUAUUUAGACAUGGAACUGGAAGGUCUUUCAACCAAGCUGAAACUUGAAGAAGGCCUUACAUCCAGCAGCAGCAGCAGCAGCAGCAGCAGUAGUAGUAGUCGUAGUAGUAUGGAGGAUGUUCUUUCUAAUGUCCCAGAGAAUGAGUCCCACUUCAAGGGAAGGAAAAAAUGGCAGAAUGUAGAGUAUGGGAAACUUGUCAUGAUCUUUGAGGAGAAUGCACCUUUCCCUCCACCAAGCACCAAGUGAUACAUGACAAGAUUUGUGAAAAGUAACUUCUGCCAUGACAUUGUGAUUCUGGAAGUGGAUGUAAAUCCACUUGAAUCAGAAUGAUUCCCUUAUGUCCAUUCUUCAUGUUGCUGCUGUAGAUAUAACAAGUACACAAAACAUUAAGUGUCUUGUAUCUCCUGAAUGUGCUUACUACAUUGAUAAUGCAAAGUGAGGAGAUCAGAGCAGCAACAGAAACGGGAUGAGUUCAUAAAAAGCUGUUCAUAUGAUUGCAAGAUUUAUGGUUCGCACAGUAAUGACGUUCAUGGUUACUGUCUUGUGGUAGAUUAUUACUGACAUUGCUUUGGUACUUCCAUAAUGACUCACCAGGCUGUGCAGCAUUUCGUCACAGAAGACUGUAACUUUUGGUAGGUAAUUCGAUACACAAACCAAUUAUCAUUUAUUUUAAUAUCACUUUAAAGAGAUUGAAAUACAGUGAAACCCAUAUAUUUGAUGAAUCUGUGGGCAGAAAGGCUUUCCUCUUACUAACACGAGGGUUUCUCUAAAUGGGGGUUAAACAAAAUUAUGCCAGAAAACUGUUCAUCUUAUGAGACUUAUUGUAUACAAUUAUGAGGAAAAAAUGUUUUUUAUACAGAUAAAUAGAAUUAGAUAUUAAUAUAAAAUUCGUUUGUAAGGUAGGGACAUUAAGAAAACACAAUGUUAUGUGGGAACAGUUUCUGAGGGCAAAAACAUGAAUAUAAAUUGUUGUUUUGACCACAGUCAUACUUAAUCAAAUACAAGUUCUAGAACAAAAACUUUGUACAAUAAAUUCAGGUUAUUUAUUGAAAUAAAAUUUGCCAGAUACAAGAAAAUAAUACAUUGUCCUGUACUGAGCUACAGUUGGUGUCAGAAAAUGUUUGCUAAAUAGUGGAUUUCACUGUAUUUCUACUUCAUGAAUAUGGUUAGUUUCUGAAUCAUUUUGUUUCUGUGAAGCACAACUUGAAGACAGAAGACUGACGGAAAUAUGUCAUAUUGCAUGUGCGUGUUUGUGAUCUGUAUGUAAUUAUUUUUGUAGUUUCAGGAGGUAUGUGGUUUGAUACUGGUGAAGAUGGUAUGUAUUGAUUUAAAGAAGACUGUUGUACAGAUGUUGUAUAAACACAAAGACAGAUACAAAUCAAAAUUUGUGUCUUCUUGUUUCAUUUCCAUUAAGUCAAAAGAAAAAAAGAAUAUAUAUAUAUAUAGUAUAUUUCAUGUGUGUUUUGUUGAUAUGUUUUUUAUGUUCAGGAUAUUUUUUAAUGUUAGAUUUUGUAUUUUGAUAAAUACUGCACCUAAAAAUAGAGCGUGAAAGUGAAUAUUAUUCAUGAAUUGUAGUUGCCCAGUAAUCUUCAUAGUCUGAUUUAAUAAAGUUUAUGUAUGGUACAUUUACAUAUAUUCUUUAGCAGAUCAUGACCCCUUUGUCACAGUGGCAAAUGACGUACUAUGAUGACAAUAUUCUUAUGAAAAUUUGUUCAUUAUUUCUAGGAUUUGAGGUUCUUAUAGCAGUGAUUAUGAAGACCUCUGUCAUCUGAGAUAUAAUGCUGUGUAGUCGGUUCAGAGUCAACCAGCGUUUUGGUGGAACAUAUGGCCUCCAUCUUCAGGGUCGAAGAAUAAGCCAAGCAAGAGACCAGCAUGAAAUAGUUAGCAUUGCUAACGUUAGGUUGGUGCCUACUUUAUGCUGGUCUCUUGCUUGGCUUAUUCUUAAACCCUAUAUUCAUCUGAAACACUGAUUGACCUUCAGCAGGUUACACAGCAUUAUAUUCCAGAAGAUGGAGCUCUUCAUGUCCAUUACUGUGUUUAAAUAGUGAAUGUGUUCAAAUUACAUUUUGUUGAGCUAUAUUUUAGAUUCAUGUUUGAUAAGUAUGUUAUAAUAUAGUGAAUAAAAAUCUAACAAAGAUAUCCACAAGAAGAGGAAAUUAUGCUUCCCUUGUAUAUAUAAGCGUUUUUAUUCUGUGACCCCUAUAUGUCAUGUAAGAAAGUGAAAAUAUUUCAGUCACCAGAAUUUUGCUGAGGGAAGCUUUGCUGUACUUAUAAUUUUUUAGUGUUUUCUGUGGCUCUGGUGCCAUUAACUGACAGUGGGCACUGAGUUUCAGUAGUCUGCAUACUGAAAUAGUGGAGUGAGGAAAUUACAAUGAAUUGAAAUAUUUCUUUUUGGGGGGGGGUCAUAAUGGCAUGUCAAAACAGAGAGGUUAUGUGGCACUGAAAAAUAUAUAUUACCUCUGUGCUGAGGGUGCAGUGUAUUGCCUACAUUUUGAAACAACAUUGUUACCCAAAACGUGAUCAAGCUAGGACUGAGCAAAACUGUGAAAACUGCUGUAUAUCUACCAAAUUAAAUGUUAAAAUUAAUCCUUUGAUCCAUUGUUUAGAAGGAAAACUAUGUGCUUUGAAUGGUGUUUAGGUUCAAAAAGGAUAAGAUCAAUAAGAAAGAGUCAUGAGUUAACUCUUGGAUGUUGUGUUAUGUACACAGUAUUGACUCAUUAUUAUUAUUACAGAGAAUAGGAUUAGUGGAAAUUUAGAAAAGGAUUCCUUUCAAACGUUGUCUUCAGUAUAAUGGUUAGAAGAAAUUACUUACAAAGCUUUGAUGUAUUAUUGCAGAAUCCUGCAUAUUCCUGAAAACUGGUUGGAUAGCUUUGAGGUUAUGUGCAGUCUGUAUGAUGAAAGGUUUUUAAGGAAAGGUAAUUAAUAUGAAUUGUCAGUGCCUGUUGUUAUUGACUUUUAUUAUUUUAGAGUUCUGUCUUAGUAACUGUAUAUGAGCACUUCAGAAAUUACAUUUAUAAAUCCACAGUUAUGAGCAGACCAGUUCUGGGCAUGAAGCUAACCACUCACUGCCAUCUAGUGCCAAGAUUAAGAAUGCAUUUAGCUAGUUACAGCUCCAGUCUUCCAUACAUAGUAUAGUAUAGUAUAGUGUAGUAUAGUAUAGUAUUUAUUGCAUUCAAGCAAAUCCAAUUACAGGCCAACACCACUGGACACAGAACAAGUCAAAUAUCUUCAACAAAUGCUCCAACAAUGGAACUAGUCAACAUAAAA